UUGGUCUCUUCUCUUUUGCACCGGCAUUCCUCUUGUCCUCUACCGUAACAGCUGUUUGUUGUAUUAUACUUUACACCUUUCCUGUCGGUUUCUCCUGUCACUCGGGGAUCAGCAGGGCACAGUGGGCAGUCUUUACGCAGGAUUGAUGUGCGAGGAGACGCCGACAUGCGCAUCCCGGACUCCCCUCAGUGAUGGUCAGGAGCUCUCUUUAUAGGCCCUGCUAUCUCUGUCUUAUCACUGGAAAAGCGUUAGUGUUUCAUGUUUAAAUGGUCCGGUGAAAUGUGAAUUUGGACCACGGAGGGAUUCUCAGCGAUAAGGCCAAGACUUUUGAAAGAUGAAGAUUUGGAGCACGGAACAUGUUUUCAGUUACCCCUGGGAGACGGUGAUCAAGGCUGCCAUGAGGAAGUACCCAAACCCCAUGAACCCUAACGUGGUGGGGGUGGAUGUCCUGGACCGCAGUCUGGACGCAGAGGGACGCCUGCACAGCCACAGACUGCUCAGCACAGAGUGGGGCCUGCCGGGCAUCGUGCGAGCGAUACUGGGAACCAACCACACGCAGACGUACGUGCAGGAACACUCCAUAGUGGACCCAGAGAAGAAGAAGAUGGAGCUGUGCUCAACAAAUAUUACUCUCACCAACCUGAUUUCAGUGGAUGAGAGGCUUCUUUACAGACCGCACCCAGACAACCCUGACGUUACCAUCCUGACCCAGGAGGCCAUCAUCACAGUCAAGGGACUAAGUCUAGGCAGUUACCUAGAGGGGAUGAUGGCAAUGAGAAUGUCAGCUAAUGCCAUAAAGGACAGCAGCUCUGCAGUGCCGAGAACUUUCCCCGCUACACCUCAUAGAGCAGGGGAUUCUCAGUGCGUCAGGACCCUCUGGAGUUGGUACACAUGCAGUGGGAGCUCAGACAGACGGUGUAAUGCUGCCAAAGAGGAAUGGUUUUUAGAGCUGGAAUCAAGGGUCAAAUUCCGGCAGGCGUGGCUCAAUGAAAACGCAAAACCAUCAACUGCUAUUCAAAUCAAGGCGAGGAGAACAGGACCAUUUUCUUUACUGCUGAAAAAACUGAAGGUUUAAAAUUCAAGGGCCUCUCAGACUUUUAUUGGUUAGAAUAUAAUAUUCUGACCACAUUCUUUUAGCUCUUAUGUCAUAUCUUCAUCAUAUUUUAGAAGAGAUACACUUGUUUUAGAAAAAAAGUAAUGGUGCACUGACAAUAUGCAACAAUUUAAUUUGAAUCGAUGUUCUUCUGUAUGUCCAACACUGGCGACAACUGCUGGAAUUCAAAUCUGACAGCUUUUUAUGUGUUCCAUGAGGCAAACACUGUAGAUGAUAUGUUUGCAUGAUAGUUGUAUUAAAAGAGGAGAUUGUGUAUUAAAGAUAGAUUGAUAUUAGCUAGGUAGCAAGCUUUACAUUUGCUAAUGCAGCUAAGAAAUGAUGGGGAAAAUAUGGAAAUGUAUUAUUAACAUUGCCUUCUUUAUCUGCUAUCAAAGCAACAAUACAAGGGCACCUUUUGUUGUAAACAUUCUGGGCAAAAUGCCUUAAACCAGCAGAUUUGAUUGAGGAACAUGACAUGUUCAGCUUUAUAGUUUUUCCAGCCGUCUCUUUUAUGCCUUAGCAAGUCGGACACACUUCCAAAUGUUGACUUUCUCUAUAAAAAGCUACCUACCUACACACCCUCUAAGGAGCAGUACUGUAUGUGCAACACCGCUGGAAACACACACCAUUACAAAUGUCUUUUGUUCUAAAACAUAUUUCUUUGUAAUAUAAAAAUAACUACAUAAUAUUUCUAUACAUAUUUAUCUAAAAAGACAUGUAACAAGCAGUGAAUUGUUAUAUUGUUGGUACUGUCGUACAAAAUGGUUUAAUUUGCUUUUUAUAUUUUGUUUUAACUUCAACUGUUGUC